GUGCAGCUGGAACAUCUGUUUGUUCCUUUCAUUUGGCGAUUGCGGCCUCAAAGAGGUCAGAAGAUGCUCCAGAUCUCCUGAGCAGAUCCAGAAAGAAGGAUCACCAGCCCUAAUCCAGAGCAACCUUCAGCCUGCUGUGUCUGACCCUUAAUCUAAAUCUGAAUGGAGAAAUAGGGGGAAAAAAGUUGGUGAAAAAGUGAUCGACCGCCAGAUCAGAUGUCACGUUCAGGGGGCUUCUAAUCCAAAACUAGCUGAUGCUUCCAGCUCUCUUUUGCCUGUUUCUGUUCUUCGUUCCUGUCUCACUUGCUCCUGGUAAGGAUGGGUGCGGCCUUCAGGAGUUUCUGUGCCAAGUGGUGCUGCUGCUGCUGCUGUGAAGAUGAUGAUGAAGAUGAAAAGAGACCUUUAUUGGGUAAUGAAACAUUAGAGUAUUUUGACCGUGAGGCCAAAAAGAGGCGGGACCAGGAGACCAACCUGUGGAGCGAACCAGGAGACCCAUCCCACUCUGAGAGAGAUGAUGACCGGGUCCUUUAUAACCUCCUGCAGAGCAGAGAACAAACACGCAUGGGCUCACAGGGUUACCGGCGACUGAGUGUGGAUAUUGAAGCUAUGAGAGAGGUGAGGAGAGAAGUGCGGGACAAAUGGAAAAUGAUCCUGGAGAAUCUGGGCUUCAUGGCUGAGGCUGAUUCAUUGUUGAAUGUGUCUGCGAGUACGUCAUAUGAUCGUAUGCGAAAUGCUGCAGUUGCCCGAUCGCUUCUCCAAACACUUCACUCAGAGACAUCCAUCUUUAACAGCAAAGAGCCUCCGCCUGAGAGAUAUCUCUUCACCCUGGACCGGUUGAUCUAUUUGGAUGCAGCUGAUGAUUUUGUGGCCAAGGCUCGUCGUUUUUACCCUCCUAAAGAUGAUGAUGAUGACGAAGAGGAAGACCCUAUGGCUAUAAAUCUGCCACUCCUUCUUUCCCGGCUGAAUCAGAACAUGUCUGCAGGAGAUGAUGAAGAGGAUGAUGAUGAAGGAGAGAGCAGCGGACACGAUUAAAAACUAAGAUUAAAGCUAAGAUUUAAAAACUGAUUUGACUUUGUACUUUGUUAGCACUGUACAUCUGCAACAGGACAUAAGGGGUGAGGCAAGUUAAACAAAGACUAAUGUUGAGAUACAAUUAUUUUAAAGUGUUAAGUGAAAAUGUCAAGUUUUAAGGUAUGGACUAGUUUUGUAUAUGUUUAUAUUAUGUUUAAAGCUGGAUCUGAGGUAUAAGGUUAAGGCAAGUUGUUGAAGGCUAGUGUUAAGUUUUAAUCUAGUUUUAAGGUUAAUAUUAGGACUGUGGUUGAGGUUACUAUUCAAAUGCUUAUUACCAUUUAGGGUAUGUUAUUGUACACACUAUUUGUACACUACUUCUAUUCAUUUGCCAAAAAAAAAAAAAACAGUUAACGUGAGACUUUGGUAUGGUAUGACACUGCUGGUAGGAUAAUAAUUUACCAGUGUUUUAUGAUAAAUCUAUCCAAAAUUUGACACAAAUUGAGAGAAGUGAUAAAAAAGUAUAAAUCUAUUAUUUUUACUUCUUUUGAUGUGCAGCCAUAUUGGAUUCUAAACGUGAGCUUGGUGAGGCUCUCUUAACUUUCUGAGUUGGAAAUCCAACUCGGACUGUUUUGGGUAAAAUGUCCUCCUUGGAACUCAAAUGGAAUGCAGACUACGCCUUAAGCCAGUAUAAGGCUUAUAGACUAGGCUAGUUUUUAUGGCUAGUUUUAUGGCUUGCGUGAAAUGUUCAGCUAUCCUUAAGGCCUAGGCUGACGUUUAUUUUUGAAGGUUUAUUAAGCAGAGUGGUUUACUAAGGUCAACAUUACUCAUUCUUAAUUUAACUUCAUGUAAAUUAUUCAACUCAAACAUUCUGUAUCAAGGGCCAGAAUGAUUCAAAUAAAUAUGCCAUCUAAUUCAAUCCUAAAUGAGACAAUAAAUCAAAUAUUUUGAAACAA